AUGUCGACCGCUACCGCUCAGGUAGUUGUGCCCAGCGAGGGCGAGCAGUCUGCCAUUUCGCAGGGUCUUGCUUCGCCACCAGAAAGCAAUAACACAAUCAGAACAGAUCAAUCAAGCGACUCAGAACUAUCGGAUCUCGAGUUUACGGCAGACGAUAUAAUUGAACCAGAGCAUUGGGAAGAUGAUGGCAGAGUCCCUGUAUUUAUGCCGACCAUGGCUCAAUUCAAGGACUUUAAUCUCUUCAUGGAUAAGGUCAACAAAUACGGUAUGAAAUCUGGCAUUGUUAAGGUCAUACCUCCACCCGAAUGGAAAGCUGGUCUUCCACCACUCGACGACGCUAUUAAGACGAUUAGAGUGAAGGAUCCGAUUAAGCAAGAUAUAAUGGGUCAGAGCGGAACAUAUCGACAAGCUAAUAUCCUCCAUCAACGUUCUUAUAAUCUUCCACAGUGGCGCCAGCUGUGCGAUCAAAGCGAACAUCAACCUCCUGCUAAGAGAGGUGAGAGGAGGGCGAAUGUCGAGAAAGUUAAAGCUGUGACGAAAGCAAAAGCUACUUCAACACCAGGAGUUGCAGGAAAGCGAAAGCCAGGCCGACCAUCCAAACUUAAAACAAAUGUUACAACUGCCGAUUCAGAAAAUGGAACUCCGGAUCGAUUACUAACUCCCAUAUCCCCGAGAACAGAAGGCGGUUCGUCCGUCAAACAAGAAGGAAAUGAUUAUGAUACACCCGCGAAACCGAGGGGAGGGAGGCAACCUAAAGCUAUAUCUGUUUCUUCUCGUCGUAAAAACAAUCGUCGUGAAACAGGAGCGGUAGAUGAAGCUGCGUUCGAGAACUUCAAGUACGAGUUAGAGGGCGAAGAUUACUCGGCAGAGAGAUGUGAAGAACUGGAACGGCAUUAUUGGCGAACCCUCACAUAUGCUCCACCUCUUUACGGAGCAGAUAUGAUGGGUUCACUCUUUGAUGAUAAAACGACCGAAUGGAAUCUUGGAAAGCUACCCAAUAUCCUUGAUCAUCUCGGUGGGCAGAUCCCUGGUGUCAACACUGCAUAUCUUUAUUUGGGUAUGUGGAAAGCUACAUUUGCUUGGCAUCUGGAGGACGUCGACCUUUACAGCAUUAAUUAUCUUCAUUUUGGUGCACCAAAGCAAUGGUACAGUAUCUCUCAAGGGGAUGCACGACGAUUUGAAGCUGCAAUGAAAAAUAUCUGGCCAGCUGAUGCAAAGGCCUGCGGCGAAUUUCUUCGUCACAAAACAUUUUUGAUAUCACCUCAGCACCUAUUGUCGAACUAUAACAUCAAGGUCAACAAAAUUGUUCACCGACCGGGUGAAUUCGUGAUUACUUUCCCAUACGGAUAUCAUUCUGGUUAUAAUCUUGGUUACAAUUGCGCUGAGGCUGUUAACUUUGGUUUGCCAUCAUGGAUUGAUUAUGGAAAGGUGGCCAAGAAAUGCGACUGUGAUCAAGCUCAGGACAGCGUCUGGAUUAAUGUGCGAGAUCUAGAACGCAAGAUCAAUGGCGAAGAGACUGAAUAUGAAACCGACUUUGAUGAGGAGGACGAGGAGGAAGAAGAUGACGAAAAUGAACCAACAGAUCUCCCUACUCCCCCUGACAGUAGUGGUGAUGCAAAGGUUAAGACUAAGACCCAACGGAAGCGGAAGCGCGUCAAGAGUGAGCAGGACGACCAGCAAAAUGUGAAGAGAAUUCGUAUGCGUAUCAAAGCACCGAUGAACGAACCUUGUAUCCUCUGUCCCAACGACAUCCUAUCCGAACCUCUACUUCCCACCGAGGAUGGCAAACAGGCACAUCGUAUGUGUGCUCAAUACAUUCCGGAAACGAUCAUUGAAGAAUCAGAGAAAAAGAAGGAAGUUAUUACGGGUAUCAAGGAGAUUUCCAAGGCUCGAUUUGACCUCAAGUGCAACUAUUGCCGCUCAAAGAAAGGUGCAUGCUUUCAAUGCUCGAAGAAGAAGUGUACAAGAGCAUACCAUGCGACAUGUGCAGCAGCAGCUGGUGUUUUUGUUGAGCAGGGCGAAAUUCCAGUAUUUGGUGAGGAUGGCACAGAGUACAAAGAGUGGGGCAUUGAAUUCAGUUGUCGCUUCCAUCGCGUUAAACGGGAUAAGAAGCUCGACAGCGAGGCUCUCGAGGAAGAUGUUCGUAUUAGCAAUGGUGCCAAGGAGCUGAAAGCCAACGAAGUCUGCCAAAUGCAGUUCUACAAAGGCGACAUCUUUGCAGGUACUGUCAUUGAGAAUCGGAAAGAUGAGGAGACAGUGCUUGUCGAUAUCCUACCACGCGGGUUCGUAAAAUAUCGUUACUCUUGUUAUGAUGAUUCUGCUAACUCUUUUACCAGUGAUCGUGUUGAAGUCGAAUACAAAUGGAUUCUCAUUCCCGACCCAUCAUUCUUCACGCUUGCUAAGCCAUCCGAGAAGGCGAUCCCCAUGCCAAAGUCUCGUAUCGAAGCAGCUUCACUCAAUACAUCAAAGCGUCAAGUCGAUGACAUUCCAAGAGCUGAGGAUAUGUUUGUCAAAGGUUUCACAUGGGCAGAAUUCAAUAAAGAGGCUAUCGCGCGCAAUACAGCACAAGUAAAAGUGGAUUUGAGCAAAGAGAACCAAGUCUGGUAUUAUCUUGGAAGGAAUUCUACCGAGGCUAGGGCACAGUUUACGGAGGAUUUGAGGAACAAGAGACACAAUCCUAAGGGACAUUUCCUUGAUACAAUUUCUAAAGCAGUUGCACCUGCGCCGCGCCUAUCGUACGCAGCUUCGUAUCCUACGCCUUCGAACAAAAGUUCUGCAAGCUCCACAAAGAUGCCGACCAACAAUGCUUCAAGCCUUGGAUCCGAUGUGCAGGCCGUCAAUCAGCCAGCAUCAUCCACUGCAACUCCCACGCCCUCUGUUGCGAGGUCAGGUAAGCCAUAUGUGUAUAAGCCUCGUAAAUCUGGAGAUGAAUAUCAUAGUGGUAUGAUUGACGCACAAUCAUAUCAAUCUCAACAAGCUUUCUUGCGACAAUCGGCGACCCCCAGGCCUGCUCAAGUACCUGCAGUCGGUCUCAAUUUUGGUACUGACCCCAGAUUCCAGAAUACCGCGACUCCUUCUGCGACUCCUUCUGGCGCUGUGGCUCCGCAAGCCAGCUAUGCGCCCCAAGCUAGUUAUGCGCCCCAAAUUAGUUAUGCUCCGCAAGUUAAAUAUGCUCCACCACGCCAGUCCUACCAAGCAACUACACCACGCCAAUCACAGGUAACCGCUAGUCCCUUGGCCCCACCUAAUACAAAUUACCGACCACAACAAACUCCACCAGUAUCAAAAGGAAAUAAUCCUUUUAGCAGCAGGACAUCUGGAUCCAAGGUAGGAAACGUUUUUGCAAAGUAUCUCUACUUGCAAAUUGAACACAACCGCUCACCCCUGGAAUAUAAAAGUCCAUACAGGACUGGCGGAGGAUUCAUGAACGGUUACCAAGGCAACCUGCAAGAGCAUCUCAAGAAGACGCUAUUUUCAAAAUCAGGUUCAAUCACAGGAUCACUCCCACCUUCAAUUUCUUCCUACACCGGUGGUAUGAGCAACAAAACGGCCUAUCCUAGUACAGCCUACAGUAAUAGCACUUCUUACAGUCCUCAAUCUGCUCGUGGUUCCUAUUCCUCUAAAGGGUCGCAAUCUCGUUCCCCGGCAACCUCAUAUGCAAGACCUAACCAUGCUUCGCCUUCCGUCCCCAGACAACAGCAAACGCCAACCCAGCAGGUUCCGCCGAAGCCGUACGAUGGUAAUCAAUGGGAAAAGAAAGACCAUUCACCCUUGCAUCCAGCCAUUCGAAAAGAGUACAGUUCGAUGUUUCACAAGCAUCACGUACCGCAGCCACGAAACCAUCAACAACAAAAUCAACAGCAGCAGAGCCACCAACAGAGCCACCAGCAGCAAAAUCACAAAAGUUAUUAUUCCACCCAAUAUCAAAGCUCCUCCUAUCCUCCAUAUGGUGCCCAAUCUCCUACACAACAUGGAUAUACCUCUCAAACCUCACAAACUACUGAGUCAAAGCAAACUCGGCAGUCCCCACAAUCGCAGCAACCUCAGAAACCCCAGCAAGCUCAGAAUAUCCAGCAAUCCCAGCAGCCUCAGCCGGGAAUGUCACAGCAGACUAGUCAUAAUCUACCAUCACAGCCUCAACCAGUCGUAAAUGCUACUCGAACGACUCCUCCAUAUUCUCCGCUCACCCAGCGAGACCUCGGUCAGCAAUCAAUGAAUUCUUCGCAUCAGUCUCAGCCCUCACCUCAACCUUUGCAGCAGGAUGCAAAACCUCUCUAUCCCCAUCAACAAUAUUUUCAAAACCUUUCGAGUCCGCAGGUACAACCAUCAACUUUUGCUCCUCCUCCACAAACUCAUGACUUGCCAGAUGUGCCUAUUGACUCGGAAACUUUAAUCGAAAACAUGCUGAAAAAUUUAAGAAAAGUCACGACCAGCACAGCCAAGUAG